AUGUUAGGGUCCGACGCAGUAGAUGGAGGUUUCACGUCAGAAGAAGAAGAAGAAGAAGAGGAGGAGGAGGAGGAGGAGGAGGAGGAGGAGGAAGAAGAAGAAGAAGAGGAAGAAGAAGAAGAAGAAGAAGAAGAAGAAGAAGAAGAAGAAGAAGAAGAAGAAGAAGAAGAAGAAGAAGAAGAAGAAGAAGAAGAAGCGAUCACUGGAACAUGCCGUUUAUUGACCUGA